AUGUCUGGACGAAAGGUGAUGGUUCAGCCCAUCAACAUCCUCUUCUCUUUCCUCCAGAAGCACCAACGCGUUCAGAUUUGGCUGUACGACAACAAUGAGUUCCGUCUGGAGGCGUUCAUUAUUGUGGGUUUGACCUUGCGUGGACAGCGAGCUGACGGCCAGGGAUUCGACGAGUUCAUGAACGUCGUCCUCGACGAGACGGAGGAGGUGUACGACUGCUCGGCCAAGCCUGGAAAGGAGGUUAAGCCUCGUCGGUCACUAGGUGAGCUUCGACAGUAUGGCAAUGCGCUGACUCUUGCAGGACGAAUCCUCCUGAAGGGAGAUAACAUCACGCUCGUCCAGCCGGUUGGAGCGUAG